UGAGGAUAUACCACUUAUGUGCACAUAUCUGUGCCUAUAUCUUGCUGUCUCUAUAAAUGUAUAUAUGUAUGCACUAGAUUUGGACCACUCAGGUCUCAAGCACAGGCUUAAUCCUCCAAAAUGUUUAAUGCUCUGACCUUGAUCCAGCAAAUCCCAUAGGGAGAUGUGACGAGGCUCUUUGCACAAGUCAAAGGCAGUGACACGUGGUGGUGGAACAGUGGUUUUUAAGCACAUCAGUCACUGAAAGGUGGAUGCAUUUUCUUCUUCCUGCCCCUGGAAGCACUUGCCUGCUGGGUUUGUGGAGAUGAAGUACGUGUGCUUAGCAGUACAACCAGAAUAAGCUCGAUAAGUAGCAUUCUUGGACACCUCUUUAUCCUGUAAGUUAUCCUCUGCAGAGGAUUAGGUAUGUAAGAGAAGCAUUAAGGCUUUAAUAGCAAACAAACUGCUUUCUUUGCUUAAUGGUGCAUCUCUUGCAUUUCCAUGAUGUGGACAGUCUUCAGCCUGGGUCUUGUCAUCUCCCUUUUUGUACUCAAAAGUGAAGCACUGCAGUGUUACACCUGUGUAGGUUCUAGUGAUGAAGAGUGUAACAGACAAGGAACUCAGCAAUGUCCAGGGCAUUCAGAUGCGUGCGCGGUCAUUAGAGGACAAGCAAGUGGCAUUAUGAAGUCCUGUUCGUUCAGAUCCUUCUGCGAACGGGCAAAGAGGGAUGGAUCCAAAGCACCUGGAGUGAGCGUUCAGUGCUGCUACUCGAACAACUGCAAUGCAAGGAGCCUGGCUUCAAGGGUCACCACCUCCAUGGGCUACUUCCCUCUCCUCAUCUUCACAUUGCUGUGGCACCCAUUGUUGAAGCUGACAUGAGGUGGGGGGAAAGAGUAUCCUGAAGCAACAAGUCUGCCUUCUUAGAAAGGAAUGAUUAUAUUUCCGAAUUGCUUACUCCAUGUAUUCCAUGUUACUCCAUGUCCGUUUCUCAGUAGGCAAAAAGCAGUAGGCAGACCUGACAGAUGUCCAGAUAAAAGUUGCUCCAUCUGCUAAAUGUCUUCUAUAUGUAAGAAACACUGCCCUCUUCUUGUUGAAAGUAAGGGGUUGAUUCUGUGAAUAUCUCACAUUUUCCUACUCUUUAGGGAAGGAGAAAUCUUAGCUGCAAGUAGCCUUGUAGUAGGGCAAAAAUCUUCCAAAUGCUGUUUACUGUUGGCAGACAUUCAAAACAAGCUAAAAUCUUCCAGCACAAAGUGCAUCACUAGCUAGUAGGCAGGUGGUCCUCUGAAGUAAUGUUGAAAAGGCAAAACUAGAAGUGACAUGCCACACAAUGUGAUAGCACUUAGCAGGGGCUUGGCUCUGUGAUGCUGGAGAGCAGAGUGGUACCUCCUUUCAUUCAAAACUCAGGGGGACAGACAAGCAGAUGAAUGAAAUUUGUAGAUUUUAAUGUCAAAAAGUAAUGAUCUGGUCUUACCUCUGACACCAAACAUGCACAGGACUGGCUAAAGUCCAGCCAGUGUAAUUGAAGUAGAGGUGGUCUUUCGAGUUCUAGUUUUAGGUGUCCAUUUGGGGAAAUAUUUAGUUGUCAAGUUUAAGGAACUCUCAAAAUCCGUGGCUAAGUAGGGUUUUUUCCUAGUUUUUGUGUUGUGACUUUUUUGGGGGUACAAUUCUUUGAAAAUUCAGUGUGUCAUAGAAUCCUGCGCGUUCACAGAGGUGUUAUGAAGGCUGCAAACUCUAGAGAACUUCUUCAGGUGAAAUCGGUGAAACCUCCUCGUAGAGCGUAACUCCAGCCUGCCUUAGCUGUUGCCUGUCACCUGGACCAAACUGUCCUUGCUUCACUGUACUUGUUCCUCUUCGGGGAACCUUCCAACAUCCCACGUAGAUCGUGGCUUCAGACUGGGACUGUUAUUCUGGGGGUUUGUUCGGUGGGCUCUCAGACGAGGCAGUUCUGCUCUCUCUGUAGCACUUAGGCACAAGUCUGAUAAAUCUGUUGAAUACAAAAAUUGCAAUAAUGCAGCAGAUCUUGGCUCAGAAUGUUAAUUUAGGCUUAAGUAUCUGCGUAAAACCCACUUAAGUUGAUUUGAGUGUUUUUCAUUUCAUCUCGGCUUGAACCAGUUCCUUCAAUCUGUUCUGCUGCAGGAUUAUGUCUUUAUUUUCGGACUGCUCUGUAACGAUAAACCCAUAUUGAAUGUCAUCCCUGUAUAUGCUCAGUGCCCUUCCUUAAGGAGAAAAUAAAAUACAUGCAACGGCUGACAAUGUCUCUU